GCCUACAUUUUCAAAUGUUUGAAAAAAGGACGAGUGGAGCAGCAACAAGCAGCCGCAGCGCUUCCCAUAAUGCACUCCCCGAUCAUCAGCGGGAAACCAAAAUGGCGAACGUGCUGGGAGAAAAUGAACCGUUUGUUAUUUUCUAAAACGAUUCUGGCUGUGUAGACAAUAGGAAAUAUCUGUUAAGAUAUAUUCCUUUUAAGAAGAAGUAGUACAACGACGAACACUCCCGCUGAUCCCCGUUUGUCGCAGUAGUCGUUGGUUUUGGCGGAGGUGACCGAAUGAGAGACUCAGGUGUUGUGGACCACCUGUCUGUCCAUCACAAAUCAUACCCCCAGCGGCAGCACCGGGCUGCGUCCCUGUCGCCUACGAGCCUCUCUGGCAGGGUCGAGUAUGAAGAAGACGACAUGUCUGACAGAUUUUCAGAGGGACAGGACGUUUUGGCCCGGUGGUCGGAUGGCCUGUUCUAUCUGGGAACAAUCACAAAGAUAGACCGGGACAAACAACGUUGCUUUGUUGUCUUUGAGGAUCGCUCAAAGUCGUGGGUUCUUUGGCAGGAUAUCCAGACAGGGGAUGAAGAUGAUGAUGACGAAGAUGACGAUGACAUCGUGUGCUCCAUAUGCCAAGAUGAAGCUUCAGAAGAACCCAAUGAAAUUGUCAUAUGUGAUAAAUGUGGACAAGGCUAUCAUCAGCUGUGCCACACCCCCAUCAUUGAUGCCUCUGUCAUCGACUCCGAUGAUAAGUGGCUGUGCUCAGAGUGUGAACUCAGCUCUUUACCCAAGAAGAGAGGUGCGCCCAAGAAAGGACCGCCUGCAAAGCGAUUUAUGCCGUCAGAUCAGCAGUACAAGCAGCAGCAGAACACAGAGUUGUGUCUGUCCUUCCCUUAUGUCCUGGAACAACUGAUUUGGGACCAAGGCCACAAGACCAACAUCCAACAGUGUUACUGCUACUGUGGAGGACCAGGAGACUGGUACCUGAAGAUGUUACAGUGCAACAGAUGUCAGCAGUGGUUCCACGAAGCCUGCGUUCACUGCUUACAGAUGCCCAUGCUUUAUGGAGAUAGGUUUUAUCUGUUUAUUUGUUCCGUUUGCAAUGGUGGACCAGAGUACCUCAGCCGACUGCCUCUAACAUGGGAGGAUUUGACACACCUGAGCCUUUAUAACUUAAGUGUAAUCCACAAGAAGAAGUACUUUGACUCAGAGAUGGACCUCAUGGUUUACAUCAACGACAACUGGGAUCUGCUGCAGCUUGGACAGCUCUCCAAAACCCCAAAAUCAGAGAGAUAUGAAAACGUCCUGGAAGCCUUGAACAACAACAGUAGCAUGUUCAUGUCAGGGAAGGAGGUGAAGAAAAAGAAGCACUUAUUUGGCCUGAGGAUCCGUUUCCCUCCUGCUCCUCCAAAUUCCCAGUCACCCAGCAGAAUGAUGGAGAGGGCUUCACAUGAGAUAACCAUCAAAGGAUGCAAGUCCACAAAAAUCAUGCCUGGCAUAAGACCUAGUAAUAGUUUAACCAACGGCACAGAGAAGAAAAAGAAGAAAAAGAAAAAGAGGAAGCAGGCGGCACGUCCUCUGGAGAGACAAGCUAAACCACAAAACCCAAGUGAACUCUUGCCCCAGCAGAUGAAAAGGCCUCUAAGACUAGAGCCUCAUUCCCUGGAUCACUUCACUUCUCUCAAGAGUGACCGAUCUGUGCUCUCCUCACGAACCUCUGACGUGGAAUCCAUAGGCGGUCUGAGCACUUCGGAAACUACCUCAACUAGCAUUUCAAGACAGUCAAGCCUCUGUAGCUCCAGCAAGAUGCAGACGGCAGCUUCCAUUAUCCCUCUUCCCUCUCAACCCGUAAAAAGAAAACGUGGGCGGCCACGACGAGCCCUGCAACCCCCCAACCCGGAAAUCUCCGCCCCUGUCCAUGCAGUACCAACGUCCAUAGCCACUGCAGCAGAAAUGCCAACCCCUCUCCCUGGGCUCAACUCCACAGACAUAGUUCAUGGUAUGGACCCCAACAGUCAGCUCUCUCACCUCAAGAGCUCCAUCAGCAGCUAUUUUGGUGCAGCAGGACGACUGGCGUGUGGCGAGAAGUACAAAGUCCUGGCCCGCCGGGUCACCCUCGAUGGUAAGGUGCAGUAUCUGGUUGAAUGGGAGGGAGUAACUGCAUCAUAAGGGAUUUCUCCCACAUUAUCUUAUGUUAAACCAGCAGCAGUAAGGGGCCGUUUACAUGGAGCAUCUUCAUACAGCAGGAACAUAACUUUAAAUGUGCAGGUGAACUCUGGACCAGAGGCCCACAGAUUGCUGGUAAAUGAUGGGAUGCACUAAGUAACGAAGAAGUCCACAUAUUCGUGACCUUUGGUGCAUCGUCCUCUCAUUCCUCACAGAUUUCUAGAAAUGCAUGUACACGGCCCCGAGGUUGGUUGAUGGCUGGAGUGACGGCACAGCCUGUAUUCGAAGCAUUAAUUGAUACGGCCUUCUGUUUAGUUUAAAACAGGAACCAGUUAUAACUGUUAAGCUUUCUGUAUGGUCUUCUGAUUCCGUGCAGUCAGGGGUGAUUACAGCAAAUCAACACGAGGUUUGAUAAUUGGUCAAAGACGAACAAUUGUCAUCAUAAUACACCACAUUUGUGUUAAUUUUUUAUUGUAUGCUAUUGACGUUUACCGGGACCCUUUUGUUUUUGCCCUACAAGAAACGAACAAAGUGUUCCCGUUCUGUGAAUCUUUCAGGAUAAGAAUAAAAGGAAGAAGUUUCCCCAAUAUAUAUUUUUCUACAAACUACUCAUGCACUGAGGUUUAAAUGUUUGGUAAAAUGUGCAUUUCUUCCUCAGAUUUCUACCUUCUUUUUUUUUAGUCUUGGCUGCAACUACUGUGCCUACUGUUUGUAGCUUUGGCAUACUCUCCAUAAGUCUAGAAAGAGUCUUUCAGAUCUGGAGGAACAUAUUACAGGAUGUGCUGCUGCAAAUGUUUUAUUAAAAAAAAAACUACACAACAUAUAUAAUUUUUUACCUUUCUGUGUUGAUUUUAUCUUUUCUGUUUCAGAAGAAGCAGUUUUCUUUUUUCUCUUUUUUUGUAAUUUACGGAUAUUACAUACCACAAUAUGUUGGAAUAUGUCAUCUCCAUUUGAGCCCAUAGGAGGCAGUGUUUAUCGUUUAUUUAACAGUUUGAAGGUUGUAUAUCUGAACUGUCACGAAAUUUACAAAUAACUAAAUAGUUGCUGCCUAUGAAUAUUUUCUCCUGUGUGACUAACUGUGCAUCUGACAAAGACGUUACAGUUCUUGUAUUGUGAAUAAGCUGCACAAUUUCAUUAUUAAUUUGAACUCUUAAAUUAGUCUAUUUUUUUCUAGUUUUUAACUUGUUGGAUAGGACUAUGGAAAAUGAAGUGCUGCAUGAGAUGAAUGUUUUACCGUCGUGUCCCAGGAGAUUUUGUUUGUGUGUUAUUUUUAUGCAGCCUAUGCAAAAAAAAAAAAAAACUUCAUGCAGUUUGACGGGGACUUCAGCAAUGUUUUUUAAAAGUGGACUCAGGUGUCACUAUAUUGGCGGAAAAACAGCAUUUGCAGCUUGACAGAAGGUUUACUCUUUUUUUUUUUUUGGUCAGUAUUUUUCUUUUUAAUCUCGGGUCCUUACAUUUUGACAUUUUCAAAUGGGUUGUAGUUCAUUGUUAUUGCUACACCUUGGGGCAGCCUUUGGGAGAGGAAUGGGGUUGGUAAUCAGAACACCUAGGUUCACACUCCACCUUGGCCGAUUCUGGGGUCUUGAGCAAACACCGAUUCUCUAGCCCCCUGGGCGCGUAUAACAAUCACUGCCCCCGUAGGAAUGGACCGAUGGGUUAAAUGCUGUCUGUAUGUAUAUGUACAAUGACAAGAAAUGCGAUUCUUUAAACAGUCAUAAAAAAGUCACUGGACAACUGCUGUGUGAGGUGAAUAGUUAGUACAGCUCUCUUCCUCUGGAAAGGCUUUGGUUUCAGCCCUGUUUUACGUCGAUACCUCUUAGUUGUGAGGAUGUCACAGGCACAUUCAGAGCUUCUCCAUGAUUAGUCAGUGUCCCGGUUAAGAAUUGACAGAAUGCUGACACUGACCUCCAGCUGGCUUCUGCAGCCAAAGAACUUCUGUUGUCUUCUCUUGAAAAUGUUUCUUUUCUGACAGUUAUUCCACAUCAUUAUAUUGAUUGAGUGUUGUUUCCAACUGUUUUUUUUUUAAAAAGAUGAAUAAAAGCAGAUAUUUUUA